UCACUUCUUUCCGAAGUGCUGCUCCGAAGCAUCGUAUCGUUCCGUCAGCGAUCGUAGAAUUUCGGUAUCGGAUCUCGCGAAAUCAUAUCAUUUAUCGAACAAUGGCUACGGUACUCGGACGUGUAAUCGUAUACGGGGGAAAGGGCGCACUCGGCUCGGCUUGCGUGUCGCAAUUUAAAGCGCAAAAUUGGUGGGUUGGCUCCAUUGAUAUGAAGCCAAAUGAACAAGCUGAUGUAAGUGUGAUUGUAAAUCCUGACCAUAAUUGGCAGCAGCAGCAAACAGAAAUUCUGGCCCAGAUUAAUGAUACUCUGAAAGAUGAAAAAGUUGACGGUAUUAUUUGCGUAGCUGGAGGAUGGGCUGGUGGCAAUGCAGCACACAAAGAUUUUAUAAAGAAUAGUGAUUUAAUGUGGAAACAAAGUGUUUGGAGUUCCGUUAUAGCCACUAGCAUUGCAACUCAAUACUUAAAGGAAGGAGGAUUUCUUUCAUUAACUGGUGCAAAGGCAGCAUUGGGAGAAACAGCAGGUAUGAUUGGCUAUGGUAUAGCAAAAGCAGCAGUUCAUCAGUUGACAAAAUCUCUAGCAGCUAAAGAUAGUGGUCUUCCUCCUAAUAGUUUGGUAGCUUGUAUACUACCUAUUACUUUGGAUACGCCAAUGAAUAGAAAAUGGAUGCCGAAAGCUGAUACAAGCAAAUGGACUCCACUUGAUUUUAUAUCAAAUCUGUUUUGGAAAUGGUCUCAAAAUCAAGAUCGGCCUACUAAUGGUUCUCUUUUGCAACUCAUUACUAAGGACAAUAAAACGGAAAUGAUUGCAGCUUAAAAAUGUGAAACAAAUAAAAUUCAUGGGAACAAGAAUCUCGAAGCAGGACAAUAUCUAGUUUUUAUUGUUGCAUGUAGAAGAAAUCACAUAUAUGUUCAGAGACCAAUCCUCCAAAACACACACAUUCUUAUUUUUAUAUUAAAAACCAAUGUGUGAUUUAAGUGUCUAUUUCAACAUAAUAUAUUUUUAUAUAUUGAUAUAUAUUAAUGUAUAGAUUGUUUAAUUAUUUUUUACAAGCAAAUAAUUUUUGUACAUUAACAUAAUAUACAUUUCUAUUUUAUGUUAUUAAUGUGAUAUGUAUACUAUAUUGAAUAUUGUAAAAGAAUGUUUAAUGCAUUA